UUUGCAAUAGAGCAUAAAUUCUGCUAUGUAUACCUUGUCGAACAAUUAGCAUUUUCAUUAGAAUUUUUCAGCUGUCUUCUUUGCUGACCCUGCAACUCGCCUGGAGACCAAUGGUGACGGCGAGCUGGUUCCCCAACGAAGAGAACGUUAUGUAUUUCGCCCAAUUCUCAUCAAGAUACUCGAAGGCUUUUUUGCUCAAUCGCCAUUCCCGGACCUCAAUAAAAGGGUGGAAAUCGCUACUACCUGUAAUCAAGUUCUGCAGAUUGAAAAAAGAGGAGUUGGACUGAUGCCAAAAGAGGUUGUUUCACCUCAAGUGGUGGCCAACUGGUUCGCGAACAAGCGAAAGGAAUUGAGAAGACGUUCACAAGAAGCAAGCGAAGCUGCAGCUGCUGUCGCCACCGUAGCCAGUCAGGCGGCUACCGCAGCAAAUGCAGCUAAUGAGGAGGCAACGAGUUCUGGUGUUGGCUCAACACCUUCUCCAAUAAUGGAGGAGAGUGAACCGAUGGACCAACAAGAGACCGAAACUCGCCCAUUGGAUGUAGUAGCUCUGGCGGCUCGUUUGGGCAUCACCUUUCCACAGCUACCAACUUCAUCUGCAGAAACCACUACUGCAUCCGAUACGCCAUUCUCCCAGGCGCUUCCCAUAGCUACCUUAGCAUCUCAGAUACUGGCAGCUAGCCAUAAUUUAGCGUGCUAUAGUAAUGAUUCGCAAUCUCCAUUAGGCAUGGGUUCGCUGGCAAGUCAAAUACUACCUGGUGCUAAUUCU